AUGAAUGUAAAAGCUAAGUUCAAGACUGAUCACUAUCACAAUGAGAUGUAUGCAGUAGCCUAUGCAUGGAAGAAGACCCAAUUUGUAAAGCAUUUUGAAAAUAUUAAGCGAAUGGAUCCUGCCAUAGUUGAAUAUCUGGAGGGAAUUGGUUUCGAUAAGUGGUCUCGUCUUUUCUUUCCUGGGAAACGAUACAAUAUAAUGACAAGCAACUACACUGAAAGCUUCAAAAACAAGACCAGGGAUGCAAGAACCUUUCUAGUCACAACUUUUUUAGAAUUCAUUCGGUUCACACAGCAGUCUUUGGUUUUUGAACAACGUUACGGUGAUGAUGAGGUGAAUUUGAUGACAAAAUCAUGCUCAUGUGGUAUUUUUCAGCUCAUAGGCAUACCUUGUGUCCAUGCAGUUGCAGCAACUCUAGAGCAUAGGGUGAACAUUUACUAUUUGUGCUCCUCGUUUUAUACCAUUGAGUCAUGGAGGGAUCUAUACAAAGAAACCAUUUACCCAACUGGGAACGAGGAUGAUUGGAUAGUUCCAUAUGACAUUAAGAUUAUGGAAGUUGUUGUACCUGUAGAGAAACAACCAGUUGGUCAUCCAAAGAAGAAAAUUUAG